AGCCGAUUCGGCUCACGUCUUUCACGGGCGGCGGAGGGAGCGCCGCGCCCGCGGGGCCCGGCGGCUCGCUUUGCCGCGGCCGAUGAGGCCAAUCGAGGACCGGGAGGCCACCUCGGACGUCUCCCCGAAGCUGGGGGUCGCAGCGUGCUCCUCUACGGCCUCCGAGCCAUCCACCGCCAACAGCUGUCGUCCUCCGCGUCCUCCACGUCUUCCGAGCCCUCCGGACGCUCCGUGGUGACGCUGGUCUUCGAGCUCCUCCACGGUCAGACCGAGUGGGGCGAGUCCAUUGGCGUGGUCGGUGACUGCGAGGGGCUGGGCGCUUGGAGGCCGGAGAGUGGCGCCUACCUUGCCACCGACCCCGGCAGCUACCCGCUGUGGCGCGGCAGCCAGG